CAUACGAUAGGGGCAGCUGAGCCAUCGUCCAGACCCUCAUUCUACUAGAAAAAGUCCUUCUAUCUAAUACUCCGUUAGUAGAAUUCAUCUUGGACCCAUGUCGGACAAGCUGGACAGUCUUCAACAACAAUGACCCCAAAUGGCCACGUCUCCGAUCAUGAUAUCGAGCAAGAGCCUACUACUGUGUACAACGCAAAGUCCGUGUCCGAGAUCAAAGUCGCUCUGGCCAAAUUGCACCGACAAGAAACCCAGGUGACCUCACAACUCGAUGCAUUGAUCAGCGCCCAAAAAGAUUUGCAACGAGAACUAGGUCGUCUGGAUCUGUUCCGCGCAAAUGCCACAGCUCAAGCUUCUAAAGCACGAGCAGUCAGCAAUGGCAUGCUUUCCGAGGCAGCGUCGAACGCAAAGCGCAUUUCAAAUUCCGUCAAGCAACUUGACCUGGAGCAGGAGAGAGUAAAGGCCACCCUCACGGUUGCAGAGCAAGUUGGGGAACUGAAGGCAUGUGUGCUGGGUGUGUCUGGCUCGAUGGGCGCUGCACAAGACUGGGAGACCGCUGCAAGCUAUCUGAACAGAGCCUCCAAGAUCCCGAGCGAAGUCAUCAAUGGCCCCUUUGCUGCCAGAGUUGUCCCGACGGCCGAAGUUCCUGAUGCACCUGCUGUCACCCUGGAAACCGCCUCGGAGUCAUUGUGCACUUUGUUCUUAAGAGAGUUCGAAAGGGCGGUCAAAGACAACGACGGCGCGCGAAUAACCAGGUUCUUCAAGCUUUUCCCACUCAUCAACCGAUCAGAUGUUGGGCUCGACGUGUACGGACGCUAUGUCUGCCAAGGUGUUGCUUCUCGUGCUCGGAACAACCUCAACGCAGGUACAGGAGGGAGCCAGAGCAAGGACGGUUUCUUCUACGCAAACGCUCUGACACGACUAUUUGAGCAUAUUGCACAAAUCAUUGACGGACACGGCGGCCUUGUUGAACGCCACUACGGCCCUGGAAAGAUGGCUAGGGUCAUCGAACGACUACAAGUCGAAGCCGACCUGCAAGGCGGUAUCAUUCUGGACACAUGGAGUGAUGAGCGGCGGGUUGAUCGGCAGCUGACCGACAUUAAAUCGUACGCUUUCACAUUCCUGGUGCAGAGCUUCAUGCCCACGCAACGAGGCUCGGGCGGCACACCUCGUGCCAAUUCUCCUGCUCCGGGUCGAGGUAGUGAGGACGAAUCUGUCGAUAUGAAGCAAGUCGACGCUCUCCUGAAUGAGAUGACACUAAUGCUAGGGAAAUGGUCCCUCUACACGAGGUUUAUAUCCGAUAAAAGCGCCGAUCCCAGCACACAGAGCGAAGCGGCACGCAUGCCAGCAUUCCUGACCAAUUCGAGCUUGAUGAAAAAGGUGCAAGACAAGCUCAUGUCUCCCUUCAACAUUAUGACAACGUUCUUUUUCCGCCGCUCCGUUGAGAAAGCCUUCCAACUGGAUGAGCAACCACCCGAGCUCUCCCUCAACCCACAUAAGCCUCUCAAGUCGAAUCCUCCACACGUGACAUCUGCUAUCGAAGAUAUCAUGUACAUCGUCAACAAGGUUCUCCAACAGUCACUCGCGACAUCGCAAAGACCUGUGGUCUCCAACGUCAUCCCAACGCUUGGCCGCGUCUUAGGUUCUGACUUCAUCGGCAUGGAACAACGCAAAAUGCGCGAUGAAAGCUACCCGAGAUCCGCGGUGCAGGGGCAACUCCCACCCGAGGCAACGAUUGUGUCGUUCCUCGUGCUGAUCAACAACCUCGACGUGGCGAAAGAUUAUGUUGACCAGAUCAUACGUGCACGGCUCGAGCCCACAGACGGAUCUCCCCAUCGAGCUCUCGAAGAGCUAUUUCCAGAACCCGGCGACGCUGAGUCCGUUGCAGCUACGCUGACAGCGUUUUCGACGAGCUUUUCGGAGAAGUCGAACGAACUGAUCGCCGACGCCGUGAAUGUCGCAUUUCACAACGUCAUGAAGCCUCGGCUCCGACCAAUUCUGAUGGACGCGUUCCGCGACACGGACUAUCAACUCACCCGUGAGGAGCUGCAGGAUCUAGCGCAGGAAAUAGACGGCGACGCCGAGACAGAUGGGUUGUCCGAUGAAGUCCGUAUGCGUUUCCAACUUGGCUGGGAUGCCUUAACCAAACCUAUCGGGCGAAUCAUGACGGAGCGCACGUUUGAUCAGCUGCUGACCAUCGCGGUGACAUACCUGAGCAGGAUGAUCGAGAAGAGGCUGUGGACGUACCACGGUCGGGUCAACGAGCUAGGAGCAGCGAGACUGGAACACGACGUCAACGAAAUCAUCAAGGUGGUGGUCAAGGGUCAGAAGUACGGCUUCCGAGAGGCGUUUCUACGAUGCAGCCAGAUUUGCAUGAUCAUGAACAUGGACGAGGAGGAAUGGGACGAGUCGGUCAAUUCUGGAGGUGAUAUUGCGGAUAAGCUCAAGCCAGAGGAACGGCUCAGGGCAAGGAAUAUGGUGAAAGAGAAUCCUUGAGGAGGUAGAUACAAGCAGCUUCCGGAUCUUUUCGGACAUUGAUCAUUUUCUCGUGCCAUCUUUCUAGCACAAAGCAUACCUCAAAUGCGCCGGCUCCGGCCAUAAUGGAUGAUGCAAAUGGC